AUGCUAAACGGAGAACCGGUAAGUCGAUUGCUACGGGAAUCACUCCACGACAAGUACAUUGUGAGCGGUCUCAGUGGUCGUUCUUGUUUCAAGCAAAUCAACGAUAAUUUGAUGAAUCUAGUAGAACCAGUAACGAAUGGUGAGCCACAUAUUCUUAAAAGAAUCUCUUAUAAUAAAAGAAAUCCAUUGGUGGAAAUCAAGACUUUGAAGAAGCAGCAUUUGGCGAUCAGCAACACAGUGCAAGUGCUAAAUAAGAUUUCCAGUUUGCAACUUCUUGAUUCCAUAACUAGGAUUUUUUCCGAAGUCACUUUUACGACGUACUUCGUUAUAAUGCGUUGGAAAAUUGGCAUGCUGGUAGAUAAUGUGAGCAGCCAGAUGUACGAUACCUUUAUGAUAUACACUAUGAUACGUUCUGCUUUAAAACUGGGAUUGUUAGUAUGGGCUUGCGAAACCGCCAAGAAUCAAGCUGUAUACAUCAACACUACCGUUCACAGCGUGCUAAACAGCACCAGCAAUAAGCAAAUAAAACACGAGCUCCAGUUAUUUGCACUGCAGUUAUUGCAUUAUAAAAAUGUGUUCUCUGCAAAAUUUUUUAAUAUGGAUGUAACGCUUCUCACUGGGUGGACUUCAGAAAACAUGUUCAAAUCAUUACCGAAGUUCCAAAGAUCCAAAGCUUGUUUCAAGCAAAUCAACGACAAUUUGAUGAAUCUAGUAGAACCAGUAACGAAUGGUGAGCCACAUAUUCUUAAAAGAAUCUCUUAUAAUAAAAGAAAUCCAUUGGUGGAAAUCAAGGCUUUGAAGAAGCAACAUUUGGCGAUCAGCAACACAGUGCAAGUGCUAAAUAAGAUAUCCAGUUUGCAACUUCUUGAUUCCAUAACUAGGAUUUUUUCCGAAGUCACUUUUACGACGUACUUCGUUAUAAUGCGUUGGAAAAUUGGCAUGCUGGUAGAUAAUGUGAGCAGCCAGAUGUACGAUACCUUUAUGAUAUACUCUAUGACACGUUCUGCUUUAAAACUGGGAUUGUUAGUAUGGGCUUGCGAAACCGCCAAGAAUCAAGCUGUAUACAUCAACACUACCGUUCACAGCGUGCUAAACAGCACCAGCAAUAAGCAAAUAAGACACGAGCUCCAGUUAUUUGCACUGCAGUUAUUGCAUUAUAAAAAUGUGUUCUCUGCAAAAUUUUUUAAUAUGGAUGUAACGCUUCUCACGGGGAUGAUGGGCGCAAUUAUCACGCACUUAUUAAUUUUGGUACAAUUCCUGUUUCCUUGCAAUUAA